UUUCGAUGAGAUUAAAACCCAGCCUAGCUUCACCACGGUUGUCAACCUUCCGUGUGUGUGUUUAUCCCUUGUAUUAUCGUAUAAAUAAAUCCAUCCACUUCUUCAAAGAAACACACACGAACACUCUCCAGGUAAUAGCUGCAUAAUCUCAUCUUAUCAAAGGAGAACAAAUGGCAUCCUUAGCAACAGCUGAUGUAUGUGAUAACAAUGCAGCACUUUUGAACAGCGGUGAUCUGCGUAUUCUGCAGCCAGUGUUUCAGAGCUACGGCCAGUGUCGAGCAUUCUCCGGACCUGUGGUGACUCUCAAGGUGUACGAGGACAAUGUGCUGGUCCGGGAGCUUCUCGAGACUAGAGGCGAAGGGAGAGUCCUGGUUAUAGACGGUGGAGGCAGCAUGAGAUGUGCCUUAUUGGGAGGCAAUUUGGGGCAAUUGGCUCAGAACAUGGGAUGGGCUGGUAUUGUGGUUAAUGGAUGCAUCAGAGAUGUUGAUGAGAUCAAUGGCUGUGAUAUCGGGGUUAGGGCAUUGGCGACGCAUCCCCGGAAGUCAAAUAAGAGAGGAGUAGGGGAGAAGAAUGUGUUGGUGCAUAUUGGUGGGACAAUUAUUCGCAAUGGAGAGUGGUUGUAUGCUGACAGCGAUGGUAUUCUCAUCUCCACGACUGAGCUUUCUAUUUAAUGUUGAUUAAUGAUUUACUGUUAAUGUAAUGUGUUGAGAUUAUUGUGUUGUAUUAUUGAGUUGGUGAUGAUUGAAUAAAAUGGAUCAUACUUUCUGCUCA